UGAACAGCUGUAUGACAGAUCACAACUCGAACUGAGAAUUUGUUGUAAUUGUUAUUUUCUGUAGUUAGAGAUACGAUUAUAAACCUGUAUUUACUUCUGCAAUUGACGGUAUCACAACGUAUGUAUUGUUGAUGCUUUAUUAAUUUUAACAGGCUAUGAAAAAAGGGAAGAAACACCAGCAAAGUACAGGAAGCCGGGAGAAUGGGAAUGGAAAUACUCAGAGACAUGGAGAGCACGAGUCGUGGAAGAAGCUGAAGCUGGUGGAGAUCCACCAGGCCCUGAACAGUGACCCGGUGGACAUUGAGACCCUGCGGAGGGCGGCCGUCAGCGAGGGAGGCCUUCUAACAGAUGAGAUAAGGAGGAAAGUCUGGCCCAAGCUGCUCAGCGUCAACGUGUACAAGUUGCCUGCUAAACCUACUAAGGAUGUCAGAGAGAACCACAAGGACUUCAACCAGGUGCUGCUUGACGUCAGGAGGUCCAUGAAACGUUUCCCAAGAGGCAUGCGUGUGGACGAGAGGAAGGUAUUACAGGAACAGCUGAUUGAUAGCAUCCUGGUUGUCCUACAGAAGAACCCUGCGUUGCACUACUACCAGGGUUACCAUGACAUCGUGGUCACCUUCCUACUGGUGGUAGGGGAGCGCAUGGCCAUCGCCAUUGUGGAGACCCUCUCUAACCACCACCUCAGGGAUUUCAUGGAUCCUACCAUGGACAGCACCAAGCACAUAUUGAACUACCUGAUGCCAAUACUGGAGCAAGUUGAUCCAGAACUACAUGAUUUUAUGCUCAGGGCCGAGGUGGGAACCAUCUUUGCUCUGAGCUGGCUCAUCACAUGGUACGGCCACGUCCUGUCUGAGUUCCGUCACGUCCUCAGGCUCUAUGACUUCUUCCUGGCUUCACACCCACUCAUGGCCAUCUACUUCGCUGCCGUGAUCGUCCUGCACAGGGAGAAGGAGGUGAAGCAAACCGAGUGUGACAUGGCCAUGGUGCACCACCUCCUGUCCCAGAUCCCCCAGGACCUGCCCUACGAGGAGCUCAUCACCCAGGCCCACUGCCUCUUCACCCUCUACCCUCCCUCCCUGCUGGCCAAGCGAGCUGCUCUGCAGUCCCGCAAGAGCAUCACCAUCAACUGUUUCAAGGCCUUCCAGAUGAGCACUCAGCAGCAGCGGCCCGACUCGGUCCUCCGUCGGCAGCUCCUCCGGGGCCCAGCCCGAGGCCGAGGGGGCCUAGACUCCCAACUGGCCAUGCCCAAGGACACGCAGCCCAACCAGGCUGCCAACCAGCUUGUCAAGAUGGCCGUGUGGGGCAUCUCAGCCACCCUGGGGGCGGCCGCUCUGGCUGUGGCCCAGACCGCCCUGGACUGGGCUCCUGACUUCUUUAUGCAGCUCUACUGAUGGACUUACUGCAGCCCGCUGUUAAGGAGCAGGGGGUAAGGAGGGAAACGGGUCUACCUCUGUUAAGGAACAGGGGGGAGGGAGAUGGAAGGGAGGUGGGGGAGAGGAGCACUCCCCCAGUUGAGGAGUAGGAGGAAUGAGAUGCUAGGGCAGUAGGGAGGAAGAGAGGAGGGAGACAGGAGCUAGUGCCAAAUGGGUUGAGCCACUAACACAUAUGUAAACCCUCAGCCUAGGAGAGGUGGAGCACCCCAGAGGACCUUGUGUGCCAAACUCAGUUCCAUGAAAAGAAAGGGGAGGAAAAAGCCUUUAUUUAUUCAGUAGUGUUUUUAUUUAUGGAUUUUACUUGUGCUAAUAUUGGUUAAUGAAAGGUAGUAGAUUAGUUUUUGUAAUGAUAAGCAUUUCCGAGUGCUGGCCUGUGUGCCGUCAGCAAGCAUGUCUGGGGAGGAAAACGCGCCGGUAGCUAAUUCACAGCAGCACAAAUGAUGAAAAAUACGUCUUCCCCCACCCUUCUGCUGAUUGCCUUGGGUUGGGAGUGGAGGAGCGGUUCAUUAGGGGGUGGAAACACUCACUCAAUCAGGUGGUUUUUAUUCAGAGAGGUCGACUAUGGGGAGGGAGAGAGAGAGAGAGAGAACCCAAUUUCUGCUUUAAACUGGCACUUUAAAGUAACCGGCUUCCCUCCAGUUGAUGUCGAUGGAGGAUUUAUAGAGUACAUGUAAAAUAUUCACCUGCACACCACUAGGAGACAGUUACCAUUUACAUCAGCAUGAAAGGAAGGCUGCUGUCCCAAAUGGCUCCCUAUUCCCUUUUGUAGUGCACUACUUUUAAUACAGGGCCCAUAGGGUGUAGUGUGCUAUAUAGGGAAUAGGGUGCCAUUUGGGAUGCAAUCGAAAUGUCCACACUUAUGCCUCCAACAACCCUCUAGACUACCGCUGUCACUAGCCAAAUACUUAUUCAGUUAGCUGUACUAACUGGAUAGCCCUGCGGCUUUUUAAAGUAUGUUUUAUUAAAUGUUUUUACAAGAACAAGA